CACCCUUCCAUACCCAAACCUGCCUGUCGCCUCGCCAUCAAUCGCCUCAAUUCGCCGCAGCUCCCUGAGAUCAGCGCACUUCGCUCUCCAUCAGCCGCAUCACUCCCGAGCAGGCUCUCGUCAGUCUUACAGCUAAACUCCGCUCCGCCCGCCCACACAGAGCAGCACCAGCGCCCUGCGAAUCCAGAUAUUCGCCUCUGUCCAACCCAAAUCAGCCAAAACCACCCUCCACAGCCGUUCAAAAUGUUCUCCAGAGGCCUCCGCGUCAUCUCACGGCAAGCUAUUGCUGCCCCCCUCGCCAGACCAGCUCUCGCCGCUCGACAGCUCGCCCCCGUCGCAUCCAUCGAGGCCAGGCGUUCGUACCACGAGAAGGUGCUGGACCACUACGCGCGGCCGCGAAAUGUCGGCUCCAUGAACAAGAGCGACUCUGACGUCGGCACCGGCCUUGUCGGCGCUCCUGCUUGCGGCGAUGUCAUGAAGCUUCAGAUCCGAGUCGACCCGGAGACACAGAAAAUCUCCGAGGUCAAGUUCAAGACUUUUGGCUGCGGCUCGGCCAUCGCCUCCAGCAGCUACCUGACCGAGCUUGUCCGCGGCAUGAGCCUCGACGAUGCCGGCAAGGUCAAGAACACUGAGAUUGCCAAGGAGCUCUGCCUGCCUCCUGUCAAGCGUAUGUAUCGCCACUUACCACCAAAUGGUCUCCAAUGUGCUCUUUAUUUUUUUGCUAACUCCAUGCCGAUAGUGCACUGCUCCAUGCUUGCUGAGGACGCCAUCAAGUCGGCCAUUUCUGACUACUACACCAAGAACCCCUCACGGAAACCCACCGAUCUGAGCGGCACCGGCAUGAAAAUGCCGACCGCCGAGGCCGUUGCCGCUUAA